GCCGCUGCCCCGCCCCUUGGUGCUAGUGUAGUGCGCUGCGCACUGCCGCAGCCUCUCGUUCCCGCCGGAAACUUUUCUUCAGAAGCGUUAUUAGCCGGGCGCCAGGGAGUCCCUGGGGCGGGGCCAUGGCGGGAGGCCGCCGCUGCCGCUCUGUCUCCUGGCUCUGGCUGCGCCUCUGCUCCGGCCGCUGAGGAUCCCUGGGACCUAGAGCCCCGGGCAUGGCCUCCCCGCCGCUCCCGGAGCCGGGCGCCGAGCUGCGGGCUCUGCAGGGGAAGGUGGAGGUGCUGGAGGCGGAGCUGGGGUCCUGCCGGAGCCAGCUGGAGCAGGUGCAGAGGCUGCUGCGCCACACGGAGCGGCUCUACCGGGAGGCCCAGGAGAGCAACGAGGCGCUGCAGACACAGGUUGAAGAGCUCAGUAAGGAAGUCCAUGAUAGGAAGAAAAGAGAAAGAGAUACAUCUAGUGUAGAAGUGCAGACUGAAGACUAUGAUUCUUGGCAACAAUCAGAUUAUUACAAUUAUCAGAAUUAUUGUAACAACAUUGAUGCUCAAGAUAACACAUCUGAACUAUCAGUGCAGCAGAACCAUGAGAGUGAAGAUCCCAAUCCUAAUUCUACAGAGCAGUCUCAGGCAGGUGGUGAUAUUCAUUCACACAUUGGUAGCACAGAACUUGCUGAAUGUGGACAAGGGGAUAACUUAAUCGAGAAUUUACAGGAACCAGAAGAUACUUCGUUAGCAGAAGGUACAUUAGCAGAAAGCUUGAGAGCUGCUGCAGAAGCUGCUGUAUCACAGACUGGGUUUAUUUACGAUGAGAAUACGGGAUUGUAUUAUGACCACAGCACUGGAUUCUACUAUAAUUCGGAAAAUCAACUUUAUUAUGAUCCAACCACUGGAAUUUAUUACUAUUGUGAUGUUGAAAGUGGCCGAUAUCAGUUUCAUUCACGAGUGGAUCUGCAGUCUUACCAGGCUUCAACCACUCAGACUAAGGAUAAAAAAGGGAAAAAGAAAAGAAAAGAUCCAGAGUGGAUUACUGCAAAUGAAUAUAAGGAUUUGGACAAAGAAGAGCAGAAAUCACCCAGAAAUCUGAAUUGCCUUUCCACCACUAAUGAGCAAAUAAGUUCUACUGAAGAGGAGGAGUCUCCAAAUGCAAGAAAGAAGGCUAAAGUGGACAUUGAUGUAAGAAACAGACUAACAGCCAAAGAAUCAAUUAUUACAGAUGGUAUAAAUUCACACCUUAACAGAAAAAUACAAGAUACUGCUGCAUUUAUGGAUGACAGUAAAAUAAUAGAGACAGAGAGUGAGCCAGAAGAAGGUGAAAUUACUGACUCUGAAUGUGAGGAGUAUAGUACUGAAGAUGAAGUAACAAGUGAAGAGAGUGUAAAUUCAGAAGACUCUGAAAAUGAAGAUGAAGAGAGAAUUUGGCCUCCAUGUAUCAGAGUAAUUGUAAUUAGAUCACCAGUACUGCAGACUGGAUCACUUUAUAUCAUCACAGCUGUGAAAGCUGCUACAAUUGGAAGAGAGAAAGAUAUGCAACAUACCCUCCAGAUUCCUGAAGUUGGAGUCAGUAAGUUUCAUGCAGAAGUAUAUUUUGACCAUGAAUUGCAAAAUUAUGUUCUUGUGGAUCAAGGCAGUCAGAAUGGCACUGUUGUUAACGGAAAUCAGAUUCUACAGCCUAAAACAAAAUGUGACCCAUAUGUUCUGGAACAUGGGGAUGAAGUAAAGAUCGGAGAAACUGUAUUAUCCUUCCACAUACAUCCUGGCAGUGACACCUGUGAUGGAUGUGAACCAGGACAGGUCAGAGCACAUCUUCGCCUUGAUAAGAAAAAGGAAUUUUCUGGUCCAGCACUGAGCAAAGAAGAGAGAGAAUUAGUCAGAAGAAAAGCAUUAAAAAAAAUACGGGUAAAAUAUGGUUUACAGAAUACAGACUAUGAAGACAACAAAGCAGUAAAAAAUCCAAAUUACAAAGAUAGAGCAGGAAAACGCAGGGAGACCAUUGGAAGUGAGGGGACAUUUCAAAGGGACGAUACUCCAGCUUCAGUUCAUGUUGAAAUCAGUGAUAGCAACAAAGGUCGCAAAAUGCUGGAGAAGAUGGGAUGGAAAAAAGGAGAAGGGCUAGGAAAGGAUGGUGGUGGAAUGAAGAAUCCGAUCCAGCUUCAGAUACACAAGAUGCAUGCAGGCUUGGGUACAAGUAGACCAGCUUCAGUUGAAGAUGUUCAGAUCAUCAAAAGCAAGAACAAAAAGAACUGGGAUAAAGCAAGAGAGAGGUUUGCUGAAAGCUUCCAGGAAGCUAAAACGCAGAAAGAUGCACCCAAAGUUAUGCCUUGGGUUAGAGGGACUGCAGAAUGAAAAUACUCAGGCCCAGAGCCAGGAUAAUUCAUGUAUAUAAAAAGUGGCUGAGAGUUUAUUUUUUGCUAAAUUAAAAGUUGGGUGAUAAGUAAUAUACAGCUGUGAAGAAUCUCAAGAUUUAGAGCUGUAUAUUAAGAUUAACUAUAGUCUUAUUUGGUUUACACUAGUGUUCACACUUUUUUUUUUAAACACACUUAAGUAGUGAAAAUCAGACUGAUGCAGGUUUUGUUUAGAAGGAUGUUCAAAUGGAAGUACUUGAAGGUGAUGCUCAUUAAGGGAAGGAAUUUUCUUUAAAUAUUUAUGUUUUAAUACAAUAGCCCACUGCAAUUAAAACUAUUUUGAUUUGCUUUUAAACUUUUUCCAAACUUAUGAAGAUUAUUUUUUUAAUGUUCUAACAAGCAAAAAAACCCCAAAACAAUGCAAGAGGUUUUUAAAUGUUGCCUUUUCCUCUCUUGUGAGCAUUUGGUCCGAAUUGCUGUGAAACUUAGCAAGAGGCACAUUACAACUAAAUUCAUACAAUUCAGUACUGAUCACAUGCAUCUCAAUUUACUCUUCAUAUAUGAAAUUAAAUUCCUGAUAUUUUUAACAAUCCAUGUCUACUUUGUAUUUCUAAAUACUGUGUUCCAUGAAAUAAAUGACCACUGUUAGUAAAAGAAUAAUAUUCAGAGGA